AAACUCAGCAUCUCACCAUCGACGGCGUGCUGUUGGUAGGCAGCCAGGAAACAAAGUUUUCACUUACUGAUCACUUCGUCGAUAAGUAUAGCUUUGAAAAACUGGCAAUGCUUAUUGUGAAAGGGGAUAUCAAUCGCAAUUCAGGAGCACUUCGGCAGGCUUCCCGAUUAUUUCAUCGAUCGAUUGUGUUAAACGUGGGUCACGAGCUGACAAGUUGUCAGUUGAAUAUGGAUUUGAGAGUCGAAUGCAAAAGUGGAAGUGACCUUCCUACCAUUGGUCGGAAUGUGGAGAUAUCACCAUACUUCGUGAAAAGAGAAAACAAACUGUUCAGGGUGACACAGUUUUACCUGGAAACCGAUGAUCGACCAAACACUAGUUAUGUGUAUGAUAAUGCAUUGGCACGCUUGGUUGAUCGGCCGAUUCUCAAGUCUAUGGCUAGUAUGCUUAAUCUGACGCCGAUCAGCGUUGGUGAUCGCUCAAAUUUUGGAUACAGGCUGCCAAACGGAACAUUCUCAGGUGCCCUCGGUGAUGUAGAGUACGGUAGAACUGACUUGGCAAACGCAAGAAUCAUUUUACCGCUAGAAGGUGCAUCCAACGUGCAGUUUCUGCAUCCAAAUUUGGUUACCCCUUUCAGAUAUGUAGUACCCAAAAACUACUACCUUCAUCCACAAAGGGAAGUUCGCUUAGUGGCACUUGCACCAGAGUUUCUAGUUGUAUAUUUCUCCAUUCUGCUUUGGUUUCCGGUGGGAUUUCAGAUUUUUGAACAUUGCAGUUUAAAGAUACAUCCAAAGGAAAGCAAAUCAGAAACUACGUGGAUAUCAUCCGUCUUCAUGACUUACGCAGUUAUGACCAACAUAACCAUCGCGAUACGUGAAAUCUCAUCUCAACGAAUCUAUUGGAUGACUUUGAUUUGGUUUCAGCUGAUCACGUAUAGUGUGUUUCAGGGAAACAUGAUUAAAGAGGUCAACAUGGCUGACAGCAGCCGAGAUAUUCAAACGAUACAGGAACUUAUGGAUUCAUCGCUCAACAUAUCGCUGCAACCAUCUGUAACGGCAUUUUUCAAGUACGACGAACAGACAGUCACCAAAUAUAACCUGAAGAAUCGGAUAAUGCUGGAAGAAGAGGAACCAGAUCAACUCAUGUUCAAACUUGCUUCGACCAGGUCAUUUGCAAUUUUUCUUCCGCAGGAUUUGAUCGAAGACCUCGUUCCUCGCUUCUACGACAAGCAAACGGGCGAGGAUCUGCUUCACGUCAUUCCUGAAGCAGCGUACGAGUUCUAUUCGGCAAUGUAUGUUCCGGUUACUUCAGUGUUUAUAGAACCAUUCAACCGUAUUCUGGAGCAGUUUGUCGAAAAUGGGCUUGUGGUGUACGGAACGGACCACAUGAGAUUCGAAGCACGACUGUCGUAUAUUAGUCGUCGUAAGGGAGGAGGUUUCGUUGCAAGUGACAAUCAAACUACUACAGUCGACAUGAGGGCAUUGAAAGAGGUUAUGUUUUUGGUGGUUGGAGUGUUGGCACUUGCAGUUAUUGUGUUCUGCGUUGAGUUAUCGCUCAAAAUAAUUUUGUCGAAAAAAAUGCAGUGGAUGUUUUGGAAAUAA